AUGAUGCAGAAGUUACCACUAGUGGAGGGACCCUCUGGUGAUAUCCCCAAAAUAAAGGCACGAUUUGGAAUAAAAUCAUCCUUUGAUUUUGUGUUUUUUGGACCCACUGGAAAGGACCGUUACGUACCAGAUACUAAACUUCUUGAGGACUGUGGUCUAGUCAGCGAAGGCAGUGUCCUGCUGGCUGACAACGUCAUUUGUCCCGGAGCUCCAGAAUAUUUGAAAUAUGUGAGGAACAGCCCACGCUAUGAAAGCCGAUACUACAAAUCCAACCUGGAGUACACCAAAGUUGAAGAUGGCCUGGAGAAAUCUGUCUUCUUAGGAUGAGAAAGGUCUUAUUUUACAAGAAGAAAAAAAUGAAAAAAAAGAGGAAAAAGAACAAGCCACUUCCUCUAAAAUACCCAGUGAAUCCAUGUCAAUUAAAUCAGACAAACUGAUAUUUUGUCCUUAACAGAA